AUGUCUGCGUCGGCGUCGUCAUCAUCGUCUCCGCCGUCGACCUCGGGCGGCGCGGGGCCCAGCUCGCAGGGCGUACGGCCAUCCCUCGAGAACGGGAACGAGCAGAACAGCGUGGUGAUCAAGGUCGGCAUGCUGGGCGACUCGCAGAUCGGCAAGACCAGUCUGAUGGUCAAGUACGUCGAGGGGCACUUUGACGAGGACUACAUCCAGACGCUAGGCGUCAACUUCAUGGAGAAGACGAUCACUGUGCGCCGUACAUCGAUCACGUUCUCGCUGUGGGAUCUCGGCGGGCAGCGCGAGUUCGUGAACAUGCUUCCGCUCGUGUGCAACGAUGCGGUCGCAAUCCUGUUCAUGUUCGACCUCUCGCGCAAAUCGACGCUUAACUCGGUCAAGGAGUGGUAUCGGCAAGCGCGCGGGUUCAACAAGACCGCGAUACCAUUCCUGAUCGGCACCAAGUUCGACACCUUCUCGACAUUUCCGCGGGACGAACAGGAGGAGAUCACGAAGCAGGCGAAACGCUUCGCGAAGGCGAUGCACGCGUCGGUCAUCUUCUGCUCGACGUCGGCGUCGAUCAACGUGCAGAAGAUAUUCAAGAUCGUGCUCGCGAAGGCGUUUGAUCUCAAAUGCGUCAUCCCCGAGAUCGACGGCGUCGGCGAGCCGAUCCUCAUGUACGUCGAUGUAUAG